AUAAUGUGGUUUUUUUUCGGGGUGUUUAAUUGGGUUGAUUAUGAUUGUUUUUGGAUCUGGAACCUCAUUAUACUGUAUCACCUAGUGCUCAUCAUGGUCUUCAAUGUGAUAAUAUUGGUGUGAUGAUACAGACUUUCGUUGUGAAGUUAUAAGCAGUUUCAACGUUCCCACCGGUUUAAUUUUUUUACUCAACAAUAUUUUGCUGCUCUUAAGUUUUCUUUACAAUAAAGCGAUGAACUUCUUAACUUACGUUGACGUGGUGUGAUGAAUUUUUCCUAACCUAUGCGAAUGGGUUGAAUUUUUUGAGGCUGCUGGUGUUCCAGCCAAACUAAGGGAAACAUAUGCUGGAAUUUUUGUUGAACAUCGAAUUAACAAUUCAGUCCUUGCUGAUUUAGAUAAGGACCACUUGAAAGAUAUGGGGAUCACAGUUAUUGGAGAUAUUAUUUCCAUACUGAAGCAAUGCAAAAAAAUAAGACACGAGUUAUCAGUUGCACCAACUCCUGUUGUCACUUCAACAACGUCGAAAGAUUGCUCAUCUGAAAAUAAAAAAACUGCGUCUAAAAAUUUAGAUGUCGGCGUUUUAGUCCCAGUGCGUCGUCGAAUGAAUCCUGAGGUUGAAGGAAAAUAUAUUGUUAAAAUGCCCAAGGGGACGACUUUAAAGACCCAGAAAAUUCUUGCAUCCAUGAAGCAAAAGAACAGUGCAAAGUCUAGCCAAUCUGAAGUUGCCAAAGCCGCCAAAACAAAUGAACCUCCUGUAUCGUCUACCUUCGAAGACAGCGAUGUCGAUGAUUGUGAUAAUUAUCGUGUUAUCAUCUCUAAAUCAAAUACACAUGGUUCCACAUCUAGUGAUUCAGUAUUCAGUCGUUUAGGUAAUACUGUAAAUAGAGAGGAUUCACCUACAAGUGUACUUAUAAAAAAAACGACAGAUCCAUCUGCUGCAAUGCAACGCUUUAUUCGUUGGAAUUUAAAUGACAAUAGUCUUGGAUCACCUUUUCGUCCUUCACCAUCUGUUGCAGAAACUAUUAUGAACUCACCAGAGGAUUCUUUGAAUUUUAAAGUUGUUAAACAAGUUAGCGGUCUUACAAAAAGCCUUGAUCAGUCUGUUAAAUUAAGAACACCCCUUAAACGACAUGUAAGUAUUCAUUAUCUGUGUCUCACCAGUGUGCAAAAAUUCAUAUCUUUGUCUCAGUAACAGGAGACGGUAAUUUUUGAUUGAUGGUUCUCUCGCUGUAAUAAAUGAUUUUGUUUUAAUCAUCAAUUAACUACUGAUCUCAAGUCACUACAUUUAGUCAAAAAAACCUCCAUUUUAACCUCUCGAGUUUUUGACAUGCUUUAAGUGAAGGGUAAUAAUAAUACACGUUUGUCAAACUGGAGUUAAUAAGGUGGAGUUUCAGUGUUCGGUUUUGUGUUUGAAUGACAUGUUUUUCAACUACUAAACCACUAUUUAUUCUUUUAGAAGCUGAUAUUCAUUACCAGUUUGCACCAGGCUUGUGUACGAUUAUGUCAGAAAACCAUUGGAAAUUACAUGAAGGUAUUAGGUAAUAUAUUUUUAGAUGCAGUUGUCAACUCACAGUCAUGAAAGCUCUCUGUUAGGAAUACUUCAGUCUCCUCAUCCGAGGCAAUAUUAACUCAUUCGAAGGCAUAUAAAGACAGUUAGAAAUCAUACUCUAGUCAUUGUAUUUUAUUUUUUAACUUAAAUUCCUUUUUUUCACAUCUCAUUUAUCUUUAUUGUUAUUGAUUUAAUUAUCAUUGUGUACACAGGCCUCUGAUACGGUAUUUAGUCGUUUAAGUGCUCCAUCAACUACUAUACAACCAAAUGAUCAACUCUCUUACCAAGGAAUUUUGAAGAAGUCACGAACUCAACCUCCUAAAUUUAACAAUGAAUCGAUGUCUUCAUGUUCUCUAAAUAGCCUUCUUUCUCCACACACCGAAGGUGUACUUAGCCAGAGUCGUAUGCAAAAAGUUUCGGUAAAAAACCGCUUAGGUAAUUGAUUAAUUCAUUUAAGAAAUUUGUUUCGCUUAAUUCUUAUGCCCUACUUUAUUUUAAUGUGUACAAAAUAUGAAUUUAUUGAAUACAAAUUGACGUUUUUCCCUAUUCUGUUGAUCGUCUGUGUUACUAUAAUCUCUAUUUUUACAUGAUAGGUGGAGCAGUUUUUUAUUUUAUAGCAAUGAAACGUUUAAUAGCCCCACCUACUAGAUCUGUUGAAUUAAUUUGACUGCUCAGAUCGAAGUCAAUGGAUUUCAUACCCUAUUGAUAAAAAAUAAGAUCCACAGACGUCUGUGCUACGGUUUAUCCUUCUAUUGAUUUAUCUCUCAAUCUCAAAAUCAACGUGAAUUGCUGGGUCAUGUCCUUUAAAACCUAAAUCCACUUUAUUUAAUUUAAACCAUACAGAAGUCCGUCAUUUGUAGUCCAACUUAAACUACUACAUUGUUAAUAUAUUAUUGCGAACCGUUUUAGGAUUUAUUCAUAGACCUAUUUACAGUCACUUGUGAUUCCACACUCUAUCCUUCAAUAUCAUAAGUCCCCAAUGACCUACUUCCUGCCAUUAAGAUUCAUACUCUGCUUCUUAAAUACCGAUUUCUCACUUGUCGUUUCGCAUUUCGGCACGAGCUUGUGGACAAACAUUUUCCUUUUAGAGAUAAACGUUCUAUAAUUAUGGGUACGAUGAUUUAUAUCAGACUCUACAAAGUUAACGAAAACAACAAAGGUGGUUUAGUUGAAACAGACUCCAGUAAAGUGUAUGAUUCUUUCUACAUAUAUUGGGAAUUUGGAUCAAUUUGGGUUCUGUAUUUAUAAUGUACUGCUCCCUCAAGAAAAUAUUUCAGACUUUCGUAUUAUUAAAGAGGAUAAUUUUUACAGACUGUUUUCAUAAUUCACUACAUGAAUAUUAUUGAAUGAUUAAAGAUUAUAUCGCUUGUUAGGUUUUAAACAAGGAGUUGAUUGUUGUCUUUUGGCUAUAUAAGCAUUACAUGUAAUUAAAUUCCUUAAACCAUAAAGUAUGUUAUAUGUAGUACAUUAUUAUUCUGAGUGAAUAUAAUUUGGACUUAAUUCAAUCUAGGUUUAGGAGAUUUGCUUUAAAAAUUUUAUUGAGAUGUGUUGGUAGAAUUUGAGUCAUAGAGGGCUGAUUACUUUAUUAAAUUAUCAAAAGUUUGUCUCCCUAAUUUUUUGGUUUAUUUUGUGAAUCCCUAUCUCUUUAGCGAAUCGUUGGAUGUUAACGGCAAUUAUUAGAAGUUCACAGUGAUAUUGAUGUUCGAAUGCUUAGUGCAUCAAUUUAACAGUUGGUUUCUCGCUCAUGCGUUAUUUGUUUCACUGGGGUUUCGAUUACACUUCUAAAUAAUUGUUUCCACAUCUUAGAAGUAAAUGAGAAAAAAUUACAUUAUUGCAACAAAGAGUUUCUUCCAAAACCUAAAGAAAGGAAAAUUAAUUGUUUAUUAAAUUUAUUGUUAAAUUCCUCAUAUCAGUAAACUGCCUUCCUUUAUGAAAUGGUGGCGAAGAUUUGUAGCUCAGGUGGAUGAUUUUUACUUCUACCUGAAUUUCGUGCCGAUUAUGUCGUUUAGAAUGACAAUGAAAGCUCCACGAACAAACCAUUCAGCUCAGACAACAAAACUCCAUAAAAAUGCCUUCCUCUAUAUUUUAUAGGAUUGUCAAUGUGACUACUUAUAAGUAGUCAAGUUUAGUUUCUAUUUCUUCUGACUAAGUAUACAAAGCUAUAUGCCAUUUUCUUAUAGCUUUUAAGAAAUUCCCUUAUGAAAGUCGAUAUGUAAAAUACACAGUACUUUGUUUGUCAGUAGGAAUAUAUUUAUGCUCUACAAAUAUGCGCAUUAUUUUGAUAUUUGGGUAUUUUAAUCUAGGAAUGGUUGUUUGCAUUCUCAGUUUUACAUGAAGGUCCAGAUACCAUAAAAUUAACUCAUCAAAUCAUUCUAAUGUCAGUCGUUUUGGUGAGAAAAAUAUCACACAACUGUUUCAUUAUUUUUAGUAUAUGUAUAUACACAGUUUGAUCAGUACAUAAUCUAUUUUUUCAAGUUAUACAAGAACAAUUUUUCCCAUCAAUAUUUUACUUAAAUUUUCUUUAUGUUUUAGGCAACAGACAAGGAAAGUCUAACGCUCCAGUUCAUUCUAGACUUGGUCGAGCAUCUAAUCCAGUAUGAAUAAUCUGAUUUUCAUGACUUUUACUGAACUUAGUGUAUAUAUACAUAAAUAUAUUUCGCAUACCAUAAAAUAUAAUUUUAGGUAUCCA